AUGUAUACACCAUAUUCCUUUGGGGAUCUGGAAGCGCUGUGUGCCAAACUGCCCUCCCUCACUGGCGGAGCCGAACAUUUUAAGGAAGCUUUCCAGUCCAACACCUCAGGAAACGAGCUCUGUCUUGGGGACUACAGAGGAGUACUGGGAAAGAAGAUGGGGCACGAUGAGGCAGUGCGCCUCCUGCUGUCCAUCGGACUGGGACCCACAACACCUGACUCCAUGCCAGCUGGACAGUUUGCAGGGGUUGUGGGCGAUCCUACAUCGGCAUUCCCUGGCCCUCUCAACCACAACCGCCCUGGCCACCACGGAUACAAUCCACACAGUGGCAAACACCCUGGCCUAAUAGAGGAAGAGGCCGAGGCCCCCCUAGAGGCAGGGGGCAGAGAGGACCUGGACAAGGAGGAACCACAUAUUACUGCUACAACUGUGGACAACCCGGACAUUAUGCCAGGGACUGCCAGACACAACCGCAGCCCGAAGGGAGCCAGAAUUUUGGGGCGCAGGCAGCAGCCCCGCAAUCUCAACAACCACCACAGCCGUGGCCGCCCACUGACUCAAUCCAUUAUAGGGGUCACAGGCAAACCUCUAGUCCAGUCCUUUACGGAACCACUCACAGUCCAGUACCAACAACAGCAGGUUCUCCACUCCUUCCUGAUGUCUCCCUCCUGCCCAGUUAAUCUACUCGGGAGGGACUUAAUGUGCAAGUUUGGCCUACAAAUAUGGAUGAACUCCCAGGGGACCCACAUCUCAGUAGAAGUGCCGCCCUCCACACUCCAAGACCCUGUGAGACUCAUGACGCUGACAACCCCGCCACCAGUUCCCCUGCACCAGAUUGUUUAUUGGCUCCGACUGAUCGAAACUGGACCCAACACCCCCUCCAUUCAGUUUGCAUUCCAGCUCCUCAAGUCACAAAUCUAUGCGCUCCAUCCAUAUAUGACCCCACUAGAUCAUGUUCAUUGCACUAUGCACGUGGCAGACGAUGUAGACACACCCUAUGAUGACGACUGGGUGGAACACAUGGCCCAUCACAGCCCCACCAUAGUAUGCCAAGGAAUUUACUGUGGAAAGGAAGGAGUAGCCGCAAAAGUCCUACUCACUGAAUGGGAGCAACCAUGGUAUACUCUAUCGGACACUGCAGCACCACAUGUCACUCUAGCGGUUGGAUUUGGCCAGCAGGCCCGGAGUUUGGGCCCCAUGAUUAAGCGCUCCUCGACUCUCACGUGGAGGCCAACACCUACACCUGACCUACUUAAAGCAGAAGAAGAGGACAUGUGGUUCUUCACAGCCCCUUAUACCAUGGACGCCUCCAUACCAGAAAGUCUGCCACUCCCCAGAGAACAUGGACUCCCCUGCUCUGACCACCCAGGUGCUACAGCAAUCCUCAAUACAGUCCCUGACUCCCUCUGGACCACCUCACCUCAUGAUGUUGGUUUGCUACAGAGCAACCCCAUCUUAGUGGCCCUACUGGAUCCCAACAUCCUCCCUGUUCGCAGGAAGCAAUAUAAAAUCUCUCUAGAUCAAGAAGCAGGCAUAGCCCCAACAGUCGAAGGCCUCCUGGCAGCAGGUGUAAUCUACCCUACAACCUCCCCCUGGAAUACCCCUAUCUUGCCGGUCCCCAAAGCUGGAGGAAAAGGAUGGAGAAUGGUGCAGGAUUUUCGCCCCAUCAACGAUGUCACCAUUCCAGCAGUGCACCCGGUUCCUGAUCCCCAUGUUGCCCUCACCUCCCUGAACCCUUCCAUGACCUACUUUUCAGUCAUAGACCUCGCUAAUGCCUUUUUCAGUGUGCCCCUCCAUCCCAACUCCCAGCCCUUUUUUGCCUUCACCUUCAGGAGCCAACAGUACACCUACUCCAGGCUGCCACAAGGGUACCGCGACUCACCGGGACUCUUUAACAGAAUACUCAAGACACACCUCCUGGAACUCAUUCUACCACCAGAGGUGGUCCUCAUUCAGUAUGUGGAUGACCUCCUCCUUGCUGCUACAACGGCCCUAGCCUGCCUCACCACCACCGAGACCCUCCUCCAUUUCCUCAACACCAAAGGCUACAAAAUCAAGAAAGAGAAGGUGCAGAUAGCACGAAGGCAGGUGGUGUUUUUGGGCAGAGAAAUAUCAGCCGCAGGCCUAGGGAUCUCCACCAACCACAGACACUCCAUCCUCAGACAUCCGCUGCCCCACACUGUGUCAGAGAUGCUGUCCUUCCUGGGUCUCACUGGCUAUAGUCGCUCACAUAUCCCCGACUAUACCAACAGGACUGCCCCACUCCGUUCCCUACUGGCAGAAGCGGGUAACCGCAACCUCACAGCCCCUCUGCCCUGGACAGCAGAAGCUGAAGCAGCCUUCACCGACCUCAAACAGGCCCUAGCUCAGGCAGCGGCCCUGAUGGCACCUGACUACACCUCCCCAUUCCAUCUUGAUGUUUCCGAACAGAACGGCUUCCUCAACGCCGUCCUGUAUCAGAAAAAAGGGGGAGAGAGACAUGUACUGAUGUACCAUUCCUCAAGACUUGAUGUAGUGGAAAAAGGACAGACUACAUGUGCCAGAUAUGUAGCUGCACUGGCAAAGGCAAUAGACAAAACUGCACACGUGGUCAUGUGUCAUCCACUCCAGAUACACACAAGCCAUGGAGUCUCAGCAUUUCUGGCCAGCAAAGAAUUUUCCUACAGUGCAGCACGUAAGUCCAAGUUACAACAGACCUGCACUCAACCACACAUCACAUACGUCACCACAGAGCGCAACAUGGCAGCAAACCUGGGACAGCAAGGCCAACCACAUGACUGCACUGAACUAGCUGUCCAAGAAAGCAAGGUACGCGCAGACCUCUCAAAUGACCCACUCCUUGACGCUGACAUGUGGCUCUACACAGAUGGAUGCUGCUACAAACAGGAAGAUGGGACUAACAGGGCCUCCUAUGCAGUCGUACAACAAACAGCAGAUGGAGAUCACAGAGAACUGGAAUCAGGGAUUCUGGAACAACCGGCAUCAGCACAAGUGGCAGAAAUAAAAGCACUCACAGCAGCACUCAAAAUUGGAAAAGGACAGUCAAUCAACAUAUAUACAGACUCGGCAUACGCACAUGGAGCAGCUCACAUCGAUGCUCCAAUGUGGGAACGACGAGGAUAUACAACAGUGGCGGGAACGCCAAUCAGGCAUCAGCAGGCCAUAAAAGAUUUGGUGGCCGCCAUCUCCCUCCCCAGACAAGUGGCCAUCAUGAAAUGUAAAGGACACGACACAGUCAAUUCAAGGGUGAGCGCUGGGAAUGAUGCUGCAGACCAAGCAGCAAAGAGAGCAGGAGGCUACUCGCCCAAGAUAAUGGUUGUGAGAGCAGAACCACUCCCACGUCUCACACCAGAAGACAUCAAAGAAAUUCAAACAAAGGCGGGAGCAUACGAGUGGAAUGAAUGGAAAAGGAAAGGGGCCACGAAAAGUGAAGAUGGGCUCUGGAGAGCCCAUGACGGAAGACUGGUGGCACCCACCAAACUCUGCCAUAUGCUCUUGCCAGAAGCACACCGCCCCACACAUGAAGGAAAAAGACAGACAUUGAUCAACAUGACACAAUUGUGGUGGCACCCGCACAUGGACAGUAUGGUGACUCUGUAUUGCGCAGAGUGCAAAGUUUGCGGGGCCCACAACCCAAAAAGACCAUUCACCACGCCGAUGGGCUCUUUCCCGGUUCCAACAGCCUGUUUCCAAGACAUCAGUAUAGAUUAUACAGAUAUGGGAGCAGACAAUGUAGUGCAAGGGAAAAGAUAUUUGUUGGUAAUGGUAGACAGAUUUUCUAGGUGGGUAGAAGCUAUCCCAGCUAGACAUGAAGAUGGAAAGACUGUAGUAAAAUGGUUAAAAACUGAACUGAUACCACGGUACGGCAUUCCAAGACGAAUCAGGUCAGAUAAUGGCACCCAUUUUAACAACCAGUUGUUGAGAGAAGUUGAGGCUGCCCUGGGGAUCACACACUCAUUCGGGUCGGUUUACCAUCCACAGUCCCAGGGACUGGUGGAGAGGGCUAACCAAACAUUGAAGGCUAAGAUAGCCAAGGUCUGCCAUGAGAGCAAGAUGAAGUGGGUGGAGGCCCUUCCCCUGGCACUCAUGGCCAUGAGAGCCGCAAAAGGGGGAGAGACGCACCUCUCACCCCACGAGAUCUUGACGGGCAGACCAAUGCCAGGUCCACCCAAUGAUGGAGGCCAUAUGCCAUUAUUGGAUGUAAAACAGGUAGAAAUGUCAGCCUAUAUGAAUGAAUUAACCUCUUUGGUCUCAGCCCUCUCUACCCAGGUGGAGAAAGCCUACAAGAAGCCAGCACCCACUCAGAACGAGAGGCAGACCAUUAAGGUAGGAGACUGGGUCAGGGUUAAGGUCCACAAGAGGAAGUGGGCCAACCCCAGGUGGGCUGGACCGUACGAGGUGGGGGAGAAUCGGAUGGCACUGGACAUGAUACUGGCUGAAAAGGGGGGCGUCUGUGCGAUGUUUGGAGAGAUGUGCUGCACCAUCAUACCUAAUAACACUGCUCCGGACGGGAAAGUCACCAGGGCGCUGAACCAACUGAAGGCUCUAUCCAGGGAAAUGCACGAGGCAUCAGUUACCUGUGGAUGUUGCUGUAUCCCUUGCCUACGCACCAUGGCUGGCCGCCUGAUCUCCACUGCUCUCUCCAAAGAAAAGGCACCACCACCCUAUUCACCUGAGGCCGGAACUUUUCCCCUUCUGAUGAUGAAUGGAGAGGGGGAGGAGAACUUUGAUCUGGACAUAGAAAUCGAGGGGUGA